AUGGCCCAAGAAAGCUCAAUAUCUGGAGACGAUCCAGCUCUGCAUAAAUGGCGAUCACCUCUCAUACUCCAGCCUCUUCACAACAGUCUCCCUCCGGAGUUACUCCUAAGAUUCGAUCCGAUCUUUGUUGAAUACUACAAUAAGUAUAAUGCGGGACGCCUACACACACACGAGGUGCCCAUCGAUGACUUUCGAAGGAACCCUGCUCGUUACAUGAUUUCCUACGGGCGAGCAAAUGGUCCAGAUGUCUAUAGCAUCUCUGAACAGAAAUGUCCUGUCUCCGGAGGGGAAAUCACUAUUCGAAUCUUCGAGCCAGCGCCUCAAGUGGACGCACAAUAUCAGCCAAAGAAAAGAGCCGCGUACAUCAAUUUCCACGGAGGUGGCUGGGUUUUUGGAGGCUUGGACUAUGACCAUGAAUUUUGCAAACGGCUUGUUCAUGGGCUUGAUGGCGACUUGGUCGCCUUUGACGUGGACUAUCGACUUGCACCCGAACAUCCUUAUCCUGUUCCUGUGGAUGACUGCUGGGCUGCAUUUACUUGGGUGAGAUACAUGAAGCUCGUGGGCUGUUUUAUUCGAUCUCACAAGGCGGACGUAUAUAACCUCGACGUGAACAGAUUCGCUAUAGGCGGGGCGUCUGCCGGGGGUCAUCUUAGCGCAGUUCUAGCCCAUCUGUGCCGAGACGAGAAUAUCCCAUUGAGACUACAAGUGCUCACAGUGCCGAUUUGUGACCUGGACAGCUCGUUCACUUUCGAUGGCCACUUCGAUCGCCAGAACAGCCCAUACCCAUCUUAUCGCGAAAUGGAGUUCGCACCUUUACUACCGGUCGCACGAAUGGAGUUCUUUUAUCGGUAUUUCCUCGGCGUGCCUCGACCAGCUCCUUCAGCAGACGACUGGAAGAUUUCGCCAAUGCUCGCACCCGAUUUCAACAACCUAGCUCCAGCGCUCGUCUCGACCGCAGAGAUGGAUCCAUUGCGGGACGAAGGUGAAGCGUACGCCGACAAACUGCGAGCAGCAGGCAAUCGCGUCGAAAAGCACCGGUACCUGGGCGCACCUCACACCUUUGCCAGCCUGGAUGGAAUCCUCGAAGCAGGUCGCCAGUUUAAUGAGAGGGUAAUUGCAUGCAUGAAGCGUGAGCUGCUAGUGUGA